GACACCUGGGGAGUGACACUGCCGGAUUCCCCAUGCAGCCAAGGCAGGUGAGGGGAGGACGAGGGUCGGCACCCGGAGCAGGAAGGGCACUAAAUGAGAAUAUGGCCAAUGGCAUUGAAGAUCUUAUUGGGAUCCCAUUCCCAAACCACAGCAGUGAAGUCUUAUGUGGUUUAAAUGAGCAGAGGCAUGACGGUCUCCUCUGUGAUGUCAUCCUCAUUGUACAGGACCAGGAGUACCGGACCCAUCGGUCCGUCCUUGCUGCCUGCAGCAAGUACUUCAAAAAACUCUUCACUACCAGAACUUCAACAGACCAGCCCUACGUUUACGAGAUUGACUUUGUCAAGCCUGAAGCACUUUCUGCCAUCCUCGAGUUUGCCUACACCUCAACCCUCACCAUCACCACCUCAAAUGUCAAGCACAUCCUCAGUGCUGCCAAGAUGCUGGAGAUCCAGUGCAUUAUCAAUGUAUGCCUUGAAAUCAUGGAGGCAGAAGAAGAAGAUGACAAAGAGGAUGAAGAUGACAAUGAAGACGAAGAUGAGGAGGAAGAGGAGGAGGAGGAGGAAGUGGAAGAUUUUGUCAAUCAGGGGAACCUAACUGAUGUCCGAGAAGUAAGCUGUCACCAAAGCCCUUCUAAGUCUGAUCUUACCAAAGAAGCAUAUACAGAAGCACCUAAAGACUUUCCAAAUCACUACCCAGCUGAUAACUCUGCUGGACACUUGGGUGUGAUACAAGACUUCUCCAUUGAGUCCUUGCUAAGGGAAAACUUGUACCCUAAGGCAAACAUCCCAGAAAGGAGGCCAGCUCGCUCUCCUCUCACCCCUAGCUUCUUCCCCCAUCUAUGGAAUGGUGAUUUUAGCUCCUUUUCCCAGCUCAAGGAGCUACAAGUAGACAAUGGCCCCUUGGAUCUGGUGAUCAAAAAGAGGAAGAUCAAAGAAGAGGAGAAGGAAGACCUGCCUCUGCCUCCUUUCCCUAAUGACUUCUUCAAGGACAUGUUUACCAACACCCCAGAAGGUCCCUUAAGGCAUAUUAAGACAGAGACUGACUAUAGCGCUCGUCUCAAUUUCCUAAGUGCUAUCCAGUUUGGAGGAGAUUUUCCCCCAUGGCCCCUGGAGGAAGAGAGGAAGAUAAAACCCAAGGCAUCCCAGCAAUGUCCCAUCUGUAACAAAGUCAUCAUGGGGGCUGGCAAGCUGCCCAGGCACAUGAGGACCCACACGGGAGAGAAGCCAUAUAUGUGCAAUAUCUGUGAAGUCCACUUUACCAGGCAGGACAAGCUCAAAAUUCACAUGCGGAAGCACACGGGGGAGCGGCCAUACCUGUGCAUCCACUGCAAUGCCAAAUUCGUGUACAACUACGACCUGAAGAACCAUAUGCGCAUCCAUACGGGUGUCCGGCCCUACCAGUGCGAGUUCUGCUACAAGAGCUUUACACGCUCCGACCACCUCCAUCGCCACAUAAAACGCCAGAGCUGCCAGCUCACACAACCCCGGCGAGGACGCAAGCCAGCGGCGUGGAGGGCGGCCAGCUUGCUCUUCACUCCAGGUGGUCUGCCAAUGGAGAACACCUUUGUGAUGCCACCAACAUUGGAGGAGCUGAGCGGCCACCUCAGCGGCGCGACCAUGUGCCUUCCCGGCCCCAGCCCCAAGCACUUUUUGAGCAGGGCCAAGACCACCUUCAGCUUGCAGGAGCUGGAGAGCCACUUUGAAGAAACCCAGAUGAAGCUCUUCAGGCGAGCCCAGCUAGACAUGGAGAGGAACGCGAGCGUCUUUGCCUUCACCCUGAGCCAUAAUGAAAACCUCGCCGCCCAACCCUUUUACCCUCUUCCCAAUCCUUGGAGCACAGGCUUCAGUGGCUUGGCGGGACUCAGCCAUGUGGCUCCCAUUUCAGAGGCAAGCAACUAAACCCAUGCCUGGUCCCACCAUGGGUCUGCUCCCUUCCCAACAGGGCAGCCAGCUCCCUUGGGGUCCCUGCCUGCCAUUUCACAUCAUCUGGCUCCCAAGAAGCUCUUUGUCCCCUUGCUGGCAUGGCCUGCUGGGGGGCUUGGGGCAUGGGACCAUCCCCAGGUGGGUGGGCAGGUGCUGCACCCCAUGGCCACUGGAACUUUAGACUCUGCAAUGCACUUGGCUUUGGGGCCAUAGGGCACACGCUGCCCCAUCCAGCUGCCAACCGCUCAUGGCUCCAUCCGGAAAAGCCAGGCCAGAACUGCUGCUCUCUUGAACACUCCCAAAAACGUCACUUGCCUUAGUCCAGGGCAUGGCCAUCACCAUGAGAUAUCUCUUCUGGGAGAGAUGUUCCCCAUUUUCCACCCGUGGGGCCUGCUGAACAGCAACAAACCAUCCAGCUUUGGUUUUGAUAUGUUAAAUCCCUUGGCCCUUUUUGGUCAAAAGGACUUUUUUUUAAUUAAUUCCCAUGUCUGGCAACAAAAUUUAUUCUACAAGGGAUAAAGGGGAGGGUCAAGCAGCCACUUUGGGAGGGGGAGGAUCCUGGCCAUUGCCUUUCUCAGCAGUAUUUCAGAUUUCCAGGGCUGGUGAAAGCCCUUCUGUGCAGAAUGAGUUGAAACCCUAAAAAAAGUUUUUAAAAAAAGAGGUAGAAAAUCACCCAGGAGCAAAGCUCAGUAGAAAAGGGGGUUUUUACUUAUUUUGGUUCUUUGUCCAUUUCAAAAUUUCAGAAGGAGGACUAAAGCCUAUUUUGAGUAUUUUAACUUCAGUUGCUUGAAAAGGUGAAGGAAAAAUUUUGGAAGGAUCAAAAAUGUUUCAAUUCUGAGCUUUUAUUAAACCCUUGCUUUGUGAAAAUAUACCAUGUGGGAAUUUUGAAAUUAAAAAUUCAUUUCAAACCAAAGAGUCAGAAUUCACUGCUGCUGACCGUUCUGAAAUGUCUGGAUUUGUGUCCUUAAUUUCCCCUAAUUCCUAUAUAUAUUUUGAUGACAAAAAUUUACAAAACACUUGAGUGUCCCCAAAUCUGCAAUGUCGAUGGGAAAAAGUUGGGUGUGCAAAUAUCCCUGCUGCUUGUCUCAAGGGAUCUUUGUGGAAAAGAAGUCCACUAAAGAUGUCUUGCAGAUGAGAUUGUCUACUUGCAAGCAAGUAGAAAUACUAUUUUUCUUCACCAUUUGUUGGUUCAAGAGAUGAGGUGGUAACAUAUGAUGGGGUGCUCCAAGCUGAAGGUUGCCCACAGUGGCCACCAGGUUUGGGGUCUUUCCCAGCA